UAAAGUAUAUGUAGUUAUUUUGUUUAUCGAAUGUUCAUAUAUUAAUGAAAUCAUGAAAAAAGAACGAACGGCCGACAAUAGUCGGCCAUUUAAAUUAGCGCAUCAAGUUGUUAGCCUAACCGGCAUAAGUUUCCAGAGAAAAAGUAUUAUUGGUAUGGUUGAAUUGACAAUUGUACCAUUGAGAGAUACACUUAGAUUAAUUCAUCUUAAUGCAAAGCAAUGUAGAAUAUAUAAAGUUUGUUUAAACGAAUCGUACGAAGCGCCCUUUCAAUAUUUUGAUCCAUUUUUGGAUAUUUCACAGGGAGACGAUAGACAGCGAUCUUUAGAAUUUUUUUCUAAUUUGCACUUGGCUGCAGCUCAAAAAGUUGAUCCAGAUAAUAAUGCUGGUGAAUUACUUGUACAAAUACCUCCAGAUGCAGCUCAUUUAGUAGAAGAAGGUAAAAAUCUUAGGGUAGGAAUAGAAUUUUCUUUAGAGCAACCACAAGGAGGAGUUCAUUUUGUUGUUCCAAACUGUCCUGGAACAUUGGCCGAGAGAGGAGCUCAUAUGUAUACCUACAGCUAUGAAAAUUCAUCAAGACUGUGGUUUCCUUGUGUAGACAGUUUUGCCGAGCCAUGCACUUGGAAACUUGAAUUUACAGUUGAUGAUGCAAUGACUGCAGUGUCGUGUGGUGAUUUAGUCGAAGUAGUAUAUACUCCAGAUAUGAGAAAAAAAACUUUUCAUUAUGUGCUAAAUUUACCCGCUUGUGCUCCAAAUAUUGCUCUUGCCGUUGGACCAUUUGAGAUUUUUGUAGAUCCUUAUAUGCAUGAGGUAACACAUUUUUGUUUACCUCAACUUUUACCUUCGUUAAAAGUUUCAGCUAAAUAUAUGCAUGAAGCCUUUGAAUUUUACGAAGAGACUUUAUCAAAUAGAUAUCCAUACUCGUGUUAUAAACAAGUUUUUGUAGAUGAAAUUGAUGAAGAUAUUAAUGCAUAUGCAACAAUGAGUAUAUUGAAUACAAAUUUAUUACACUCAACUGCUAUCAUUGAUCAAGUAUAUAUUACUAAAAAAGCAAUGGCACAGGCUGUAGCGGAACAAUUUUUUGGAUGCUUCAUAUCGAUGCAAAAUUGGUCAGAUACAUGGUUACCAAAAGGAAUUUCUACCUAUCUUACAGGAUUAUAUGCAAAAAAGUGUUUUGGAAAUAAUGAAUAUCGCGAAUGGAUUCAAUCGGAAUUGCGGGAAGUUGUGAAAUAUGAGGAACGCUUUGGUGGAAUAAUACUCGAUCCUUCGCAACCACCUGCUCCGUUACCAGUAACUGCAAAUACACCGGCUCCAACGCCUCGAAUACCGGAUCCUGGCUUUUAUUUUCCAAUAAGAAAUUUACAUACAAUGUCCCCUAGAUAUAUUGAAGUUCUUCGUAAAAAGGCACAUUUAGUCAUAAGGAUGCUGGAGCAUAGAAUUGGACAAGAACUUCUAUUGCAAGUAUUUAAUAAACAGCUAUCGUUGGCUACUAAUGCUGCACAACAAAAAAUCGAUUCUGGAUUAUGGUCUCACAUGUUAAUUAGUACUAAUGUAUUUACAAAAGCAAUUUUUACUGUUACUGGUAAGGAUAUGGCAGUGUUCAUAGAUCAAUGGGUUAGGACUGGAGGUCAUGCUAAAUUUACUUUAAGUUUUGUAUUUAAUAGAAAAAGAAAUACGGUUGAACUUGAAAUUCGACAAGAUAUUACACAUCAAAAAGGAAUAAGAAAAUAUGUCGGUCCUUUAUUGGUAAAUAUUCAAGAACUUGAUGGGACUUUCAAACAUACGUUACAAAUCGAAGGUACUGUGGCAAAAGCAGAUAUAACCUGUCACAGUAAAAGUCGCAGAAAUAAGAAGAAAAAGAUUCCUUUGUGUACAGGAGAAGAAGUAGACAUGGAUCUUUCAGCAAUGGACGAUUCUCCAGUUUUAUGGAUUCGUUUAGAUCCUGACAUGACAUUGAUGAGAGCUGUACAAAUUGAACAGCCAGAUUAUCAAUGGCAAUAUCAAUUAAGGCACGAAAGAGACGUUACUGCUCAAUUAGAAGCUAUCGAAGCUCUACAAAAUCAUUCAACUCCAGCUACUAGAUUGGCUCUUACAGACACAAUUGAAAACGAACAUUGUUAUUAUAAAGUUCGACUUCGAGCUGCUCAUUGUUUAACAAAGGUUGCUAAUGCAAUGGUAGCAACAUGGGCUGGACCACCUGCUAUGCUGGCCAUAUUUAGAAAAUUAUUUGGUUCAGCGUCCUGUAGAAGAAUUAUUAAACAAAAUAAUUUUACCAAUUUUCAACAUUACUUCCUUCAAAAAACUAUUCCAGUAGCAAUGGCUGGUUUACGAAAUGCACAUGGAAUUUGCCCCCCGGAAGUACUUUCUUUUCUUAUGGAUUUAUUUAAAUACAAUGAUAAUAGUAAAAAUAGAUAUUCCGACAAUUAUUAUAGAGCUGCUCUUAUCGAAGCACUUGGAGCUACUGUAACACCUGUUAUCAGUAUUCAACUAGGAACUGCUAUAACCGCUGAAUCCUUAUCAAUAGAUACAAAGGCUAUUUUGGAAGAAGUAACAAGGCAUUUAAAUUUAGAAAAAUUGCUACCUUGUUACAAAUAUACAGUCUCGGUUGUUUGCUUAAAAGUUAUUCGAACUUUACAAAAAUUCGGACAUCUUCCUAGUAAUCCUCUUCUAUUCAGAGAAUAUGCAUCGUAUGGCCAAUUCAUAGAUGUAAGAAUAGCUGCACUUACAGCUUUAGUCGAUUUUACAAAAGUCGAUGGUAAAUGGGAAGAUUUAGAAUUUUUAUUAGACAUGGCUGAAAAUGAUCCACAUCCUGGAGUACGUCACAGAUUAGUUAGACUAAUGGUAGAAAAUCCUCCAUUUGAGCGGGCUCAUAAACAUAGAUUGGACAAGCCAGAACUAGUUAAUCGCAUAUGGAAUCUUAUAAACUGCAUGCUUUCUCACGAUCCAAAACUUCGCUGUGACCUAGUUGAUUUAUAUUAUACUUUAUAUGGGACGAAGAUGCCACUCUGCAUUCCUAUUCCAGAGUUAGCGAUGUUAACAAAACCAAAAAAAGUUGUACCAUUACCCUGUUCCAAUAAUGAUGAAUUGUUAAUACCUAUGUCGCACAUUAAAAGCGAACCUAUUAAUGAGCCGGAUAUAAAUAAUGUUUCUGUAAAUAAAAGAAAGGCAUCUCCAAUUAAAGAAGAGUCCGGAAUCUCAAAUGUACCUGAACAUGGAGCAGAAGUAAAACGUCAAAAGCAACAUCAUGAUGAUCAGCGUACAAAUUGUAACAUAGACGGUAAAACAAAAUCUGAAUAUUAUAGCGAUAAUUCGGCAUCUCUACCUGGUAUUUUGGGCACUGGUGGCCCUGUUGGUUUUGAACCCGGAAUGUUUAAGAAAGAACCAGACGAUGCAAAGACGAAAGGAGAUGCGACAAACAAACCUAAAAAGAAGAAAAAAGAUAAAAAGAAACACAAACAUAAACAUAAACAUAAGCACGAUCAUAAGCAUGGCAAGGAUAAAGAUAAAAAAGAUAAAGAUAAAGGAAAAGAUAAGGACAAAGAGAAGGAUAAGGAUAAAGACAAGGAGACGAAAGAUAAAGAGAAAGAUAAGGAUAGAAAUAAUAAGGAAAAGGAUCAAUCAGGACUUUUGAAAGUGAAGGAAGAAACAUUGAGUUCAGCUAGUUCGAGUCCUAGUCCAGAUGCAUCAACAGUAAUGAGUGAAUUUAAUUUUCCAUAAAUUAAUAGUGCAAUUUUUUUAUUCAGAUUGUAAUCUA